CAAAAAUGAAAAGCAUUUACUUUGUGGCUGGAUUGUUUGUAAUGCUGGUGCAAGGCAGCUGGCAACGUUCCCUUCAAGACACAGAGGAGAAAUCCAGACCAUUCUCAGCGUCCCAGACAGACCCGUUCGAUGAUCCUGAUCAGAUGAAUGAAGGCAAGCGCCAUUCACAGGGCACAUUCACCAGUGACUACAGCAAGUAUCUGGACUCCAGGCGUGCCCAAGAUUUUGUGCAGUGGUUGAUGAAUACCAAGAGGAACAGGAAUAACAUUGCCAAACGUCAUGAUGAAUUUGAGAGACAUGCCGAGGGGACCUUUACCAGUGACGUAAGUUCUUAUUUGGAAGGCCAAGCCGCCAAGGAGUUCAUUGCCUGGCUGGUGAAGGGCCGAGGAAGGCGAGACUUCCCAGAAGAAGUCGCCUUUGUUGAAGAGCUGCGCCGUAGACACGCCGAUGGCUCCUUCUCUGAUGAGAUGAACACAAUUCUUGAUAAUCUUGCCACCAGGGACUUUAUAAACUGGUUGAUUCAGACCAAAAUUACUGACAGGAAAUAAGUAUGUCGCUAUUCAAGACCAUCUUUACAGCAUCACCUGCCAGCCACUUGGGGUGUUUGAAAUUUUAAGUUCUGUAAAUUUAAGAGGCGUAUUCUGAAGCCAUAUUGCUUUGCAUGCCAAUAAAUAAAUUUUCUUUCAGUGUUGUGUAGCCAAAAGAUUGUAAAUGGAAUAAACUAUUGUCAAAAUAUUGCUAAAAUAUCAGCUUUAAAAUAUGAAAGUGCUGAAUUCUCUUAUUUUCUUCUUAUUUUGGAUGAAGUAACCCCAACCUGUUCAUAUUUAGCAAUGAAAUUAUUUUUCUAUAAUAUAAUUUGUAAAUGUAAAUUAUUCCAAUCACAACAUAUCUGCUUUAUAAAAAUAGGAGAAGGGAAAAACUGGCAGCCACAGUGGUGAAACUGGAAAGAGAACUUCCUUCUUGAAACCUUUGUCGUAAAAAUACUCAGCUUUCCAUGUAUCAAAGAUAGAUUUAAAUAAAAUUUUCAAGUUUC